AUGGCCCCGACUACAAGAAAGCUCAGUCCUGAGACUCUUCGACGCAAUGGCAUUGUUAUUGAGGAGGAUAUCAGCGAGAACGGCUGGCCAGACGAAAUUGCGCGAAUUAGAGAUCGAAUCCUCUCGUUUGACUGCAUCAUCCCGCCGGAACAGGUAGAGUUGUACGCUUUGUACAAGUUCGCGCAGAACCGCCUUGAACCUCAUCUUUUGAAAAGCAUCUACAAGGAACUACCACAGGCGAAGCAAGAUGGGUGGUUCAACGGAGAAAUGGCCUGUAAUGAAGAGAGUGUCCUGGGACAAAAGGAGGCCAAAGAGAGGCAUCUGGAAAAUCUAAAAGCAGCGUACAACCUUUACGAACAUGCAGUGGACUUGGAGCGCAAGGGUGGCAUGGAGAGCAAACUAGGAGACAAGCUCGCCGACUAUGUGUUCAAGGAAUGGAAGAAGCAUGCAGAUGAAACUUCAAUAAGCUCAGCUCAUAGUCGGCUUGAUGGCGAAUUCGCGACCACGUUCGGCCGAGACUCAGACCUCUUCAGCCAGGCAUGGCAUGUUCGCAAUGACUGGCACAGUCAAUGCUCCGUCGCAGAGCCAUUACGUGAGGGCGAAAUGCUAUCAAUUCCCAAGCCGGAUUGGUAUUUUGGGUUCCCCUUACACAAUGAUAUCCGCUUCCCCCGGAAGACGGACAAAGGACAGACUCAAGCGGUAUUCUCAUUGACAAACCUUAACCUCUUGGAAGAGUCCGAGACAUUGCAGUCGUGCCCCUUGAUGUCGCUGAAUAAGUAUUGCGCAGACAUUAAAAAGUCUCCGCGGAAGAUAAAAGACCAUAAGCUGACCUGUUACCCAUGGGCAGUGGUUGAAGCCAAAAGACCUGGCGUAUCACCAUAUGAGAUCCGGAAAUGUUAUUAUCAAGUGGCAAAUAGUAGCUCCGCCUGCGUCGCAUUGCUUCGGGGACUAUCAGACAGUCCAGCGCACGAUUACCAUCAUCCAGUGGUUGCUUUGACUUUCGUUGGAGGAAAUGCCACAGUGUUCCUGACCUAUGCGGAACCACUUGUCGGGGCCGACUGUGACGACGAUGACGACAACGACGACGACAACGACGAAGAAUACGACGACGACGACGAAGACGACGACAACGACGAAGAAUACGACGACGACGAGGACGAGGAACACGAUGAUGAUGACGACGAUGAGCCGAUCAUUCUAUAUGUGAGUGUGCUUCAAUCUUCUCGACGUCAACUCAAUAAAAGACCUGGAGUCGCUGCUGACGGGUCUGCCCAACUAGCGAAUGAGAUGCAUCUGGGAAGGGCGACUGGAUAUACUGUGGAACGCGCUGCAACUCCGACGCAUGCUUGA